AUGACGCUGGCCACUCCUUGUGCUUUAGUUGGCUUGAAUCGAUCCUGUUGUGAAAAUGUCGCCGAAGUUAGCAUUGUUGUUACUGCUUGGUUUGUGUGCUCUCGCCUUGGCUGUCCCUGAAGGAGCAGAGCCACAAGCAGAUGCCGUUGCCAAGGGAUAUUAUGGAGUGUUUUUGCCAUUCAAGUGUCAGUGUCCUCGUGGCCCGCGUGGUCCGAGGGGUUUCAGGGGUCUCCGAGGUCCGAGAGGUUUCAGGGGUCUCCGAGGUCAAAGAGGUGCCCGUGGACUACGAGGUCCCCGAGGUCUAAGAGGUGUACAAGGCCCGCGAGGCUUGAGAGGAUUAAGGGGCUCCCGUGGUCCGAAGGGUGCGAGAGGCGCAACAGGUCUUCGUGGCCCAAGAGGCUUGAAAGGCCAAAAGGGCGACCGUGGCCAAAGGGGUCCUCCUGGUCCUGGAAGACGACUAGACUGUAGACCAGUAUCCGCAAAAGGAAACAGGGCUCAAUGUCCAAGUGGUUUCACCGUGACUGGAUGUGCAUGUGGUCAUAGGUGUGGUUCGUGGAACACAGAGAACGGUAAUACUAGGUGCUAUUGUCAUAUUGGUUGUAUGAACGGCAAUAAACCCUUGGACUGGACCCUCGCUGUCUGUUGUAAAGUAGUGUAACGAAUUAGCUUCAGUCCCUACUCUACGAAUGAAUACGGAACAUUGACAAUAAACGGAACACCGGUGGCAAUUUAUGAACAUUAUGAGCCAUUCUGAGGUUGAUGAAAAAAACUGGGUCGAGUUGGAAUUGCAGUGAAUCGUGGGAAUGUUUUAGGGGACAAAAUAGACGCCAUCUUGGAAAUAUGUCCCCUAAGAAAGUCCCACAAUUCACUGCAAUUCCAACUCGAUCCAGGUUUUUCCUCAACCUUGGAAUGGCUAUUAUCUCCAUAACUCGCGUCACAACUCACAAAUUCUAUUACAAUAAAAGCAUAAACUUGUUAACAAGCUAUAAAAGGUAAAAUGCAGUAUGUAAAAUGAUUGCAGUGCAAAUUUAGUUUUGUAAGAAUAUAGAAUAAGAAUAAAGUUUACCGAAGCAUUUA